GUUAGUCUCCCUUAUCGGACAUUGCUGGUAGUCAUGGCGGUUCUGGCCCUUACCUGGUUGAUACAAGGGACAUCGGCUUCUGCUGUCCGACACCAGGAGGAGAAAAUAAGACAGGUACGGCAUUCAUUUUGCGUCAAUAUUUCUCUUCUCUCGCUCAUGGCUUAGAUUUAUAGAUUUAUAUAGUAUUGAGAUUUGGGCAUUUUUCCCGUUUAAUCAAGUCAUCUGUUGAUUUGCAUUGGGGACGUAUCAAUCCAUAACAUUUCUUCCCAAGAUCCAUCGCAAAUGUGUUAUUUCUAUCUUCACCAUUUGCAUUAGCCAAAUACAACAUCUCCACCUAACCUUCCAAAGAAAAACAUUCCAAACAAAUUUUUCCACCAAAUUUUUCCACCGAAUUUUUCCACCGAAUUUUUCCACCGAACCUUCCAAUAAACACUCCCACCGAAAUUUUCCACCGAAUUUUUCCACCAAAUGUUUCCACCGAACCUUCCGAAAAAAACAUUCCCACCAAAUUCUCCCACUAAACUUCUGACCAUUGCUUUUUAAAACCAAGUUUGUGACUUUUUUUACGACUUUAAACAAAAACUAUAUACAAAAUAAUAUUUAUUGACAUAAUUUAAAUAUGUUUUGUGAUUUUGGUAAACGAAUUAUUUUAAAAUAUUUUUUUUUUUAAAGUGUAACGAUUUAUUUAUUUUUUUUUUUAAAAAAGGAAAUAAUCAAACAAGCUGCUAAAAUAAUCAAAUUGUCCAUGAUGGAUUCCGAUUGGGAUCCCAUCAAUAAAAGGAACGGGGGAACCGCCGACGCUAUCUACAACCUGCCUGACCUUUUGGAAGUCGGCAGGAGGUAA